GGACCAUCCGAGUCGUGCACAACAGGAGCAAUCAGAACAACAGCCGCCACAAGUAGAAGAUUCAGCAGUUCGACGACGGCGUGAAAUAGAAGCUUUGCGGGAAAACGAUCAUGAUCCAACACAAGAAGAUGCUAUCGCGCAUGCUCCCGAUUUUCAACCUUCUUCUACAAGAACAAACGCAAACGAAAGAGAGGAGCCCACUCGGCAUCUACAUGCG